AAAACGCUUUUCUUGAAAUUUCUUCUAUAAAUUCAUUCUCCUAAACCAUGCACAUUCCCCCUUCUCUCCUUCUUCUUCUUCUCUUGAUUUCGUUUUCCUUUAAACGAUUCAUUAUAAAAGAUCCAGCUCUUUUGUGUUAAAAAAAAAUAUCUCAGCUCUUGUGAAAAUAAUCUUUUAAAAAAAAAUAGACAAAACCUUGAUGCUUAAUCAGCAGUUCUUGGUGUUUGAGACACAUGUCUCCGAUUAUACUCAGUGAGAUCUUCCUCUCUGGGUUUAUGUUAAACUCUACAAUCAGGCGCAGGACCCAUCUCGUUCAAUCUUUCUCUGUUGUCUUCCUUUACUGGCUUUACUACGUCUCAUAGUUUCUCAAACUCUCCGUCUUUUAUUACAUAGUCGUAUAAUUAAAUCAAAACCCUAGUUUAAAAAAAAUAACUUUUUUCUUUUGUUUCUUCUUUGUUUUCGUCUUCGAUCUGGGUCCUGUCCUGUCUUGUUCUUGACUUCUCUUACAAGAAAACCCAUUUUUAAUAUAAUCUCUCUUCUCGUAAAAGACUUCUUUGUUUGUUUGUGUGUGUGUGUGCUGAAUGGACUCGUCGUCGUCUGGAACAACUUCUUCGACGAUUCAAACGUCGUCAGGACCUGAGGAGAGUCUCAUGGAGCAGAGGAAACGGAAGAGAAUGCUCUCGAACCGUGAAUCAGCGAGGAGGUCGAGGAUGAAGAAACAGAAGCUUCUUGACGAUCUAACGGCUCAGGUUAUUCAGCUCAAAAAAGAGAAUGACGAGAUUGUGACAAGUGUCAGCAUCACAACGCAGCACUACUUAACCGUUGAAGCAGAGAACUCUGUUCUUAGAGCUCAGCUCGAUGAACUUAGCCACAGGCUUGAAUCUCUAAACGACAUCAUCGGUUUCCUCGACAAUACCAACGGGAUCUGUUCGAACCCUCUGUCUGUUCCAGAGUCUGAUGAUUUCCUCGUGAAUCAGAUUAAUAUGAACAUGUUUUAUAUGAACCAGCCACUCAUGGCAUCAGAACCUCAUGGCAUCUUCUGAUGCGUUACUGUAUUAGAAGUGUGGACCUAGAAAACCUCGAAAUUACAAAAUGGGGUCGGUUUUUUUUGUCUGAUUUCAAGAUAUGUCCAAAGAAAAUGAGAGAGAGAUAUGUAUAAAUGGGUUAUGUUGUUUGAUUGUUCCAUUUCAUUUUCUUUUUGUAGUUUGCUCCGUCUUUUGGCGCUAUGUAGUAAAAGCAUUGUUAUGAGUGUUGUUUGCAAUAAAGGCUCUGUUGCCAAAGUUCUUUUA